CCUCCGCCCCUGCAGCAAGGGAUAAGAAACCCUGCGCCAAGACCUCCUCCUUUCCCAGGCGGCUGCCGAAGAUGGCGGAGGGGCAGGUUCUGGUGUUGGACGGCCGAGGCCAUCUUCUGGGUCGCCUGGCAGCCAUUGUGGCCAAGCAGGUACUGCUGGGCCGAAAGGUGGUCGUUGUUCGCUGUGAGGGCAUCAACAUUUCCGGAAAUUUCUACAGAAACAAGUUGAAGUAUCUGGCCUUUCUCCGAAAGCGGAUGAACACCAACCCCUCCCGAGGCCCCUACCACUUCCGAGCCCCGAGCCGCAUUUUUUGGCGCACUGUGCGAGGCAUGCUGCCCCACAAGACCAAGCGAGGCCAGGCUGCCCUGGAACGCCUCAAGGUUUUGGAUGGGAUCCCUCCACCCUAUGACAAGAAAAAGCGGAUGGUGGUCCCUGCCGCCCUCAAGGUUGUGCGGCUGAAGCCUACCAGGAAGUUUGCUUACCUGGGGCGUUUGGCUCAUGAGGUCGGGUGGAAGUACCAGGCAGUAACAGCCACUCUGGAGGAGAAACGGAAGGAAAAGGCCAAGAUGCACUAUCGGAAGAAGAAGCAGCUCUUGAGGCUGCGGAAACAGGCAGAAAAAAACGUGGAGAAGAAAAUCUGCAAGUUCACAGAGGUCCUCAAGACCAACGGACUCCUUGUGUGAGCCCAAUAAAGACUAUUUGUGCCUCA